AUGUGUCCCUGUCCCAGUGCCUCUUGCAAGUGGCAAGGCUCCCUCGAGCAGGUCAUGCCACACCUCAUGAGCGUCCACAAGAGUAUCACCACUCUCCAAGGAGAGGACAUUGUGUUCCUGGCAACAGACAUCAAGCUGCCAGGUGCAGUGGACUGGGUCAUGAUCCAGAGUUGCUUCAGCCACCACUUUAUUUUGGUGCUGGGGAAGCAAGAGAAGUUUGAUGGCCACCAACAGUUCUUUGCCAUUGUGCAGCUCAUUGGGUUCAGGAAACAGGCUGAAAACUUUGCAUACAGCUUCUCCCUGCACCGAGGACCGCCAAGCAGCACCAGAGAGGCACGAGUACGUAAGCACCGCCUGCCUGCCACCUCCCUUGGUCCUCAAGGCUCGUCACUUCAAGGACCAUAUCUCUCUGCCAAGUUCGAGUGGGAUCUGACACUUGGGGACGAGGGGGAGUAUGCGCCGGUGGUGGCCAACAUGACUUGA